AUGGGGCAGACACAGCAAACGGAGAACACUGAGCAAAUUGAUGUCAAAGCAAUUCAGGAAAUGUACAAAAAGUUUGUCAUGGAGUGCCCGAGUGGACUACUUUUCCUGCACGAGUUCAAGCGCUUCUUCGGUGUGGACCCAUCAGGGGAAGCGUCGGAUUAUGCGGAGAACAUGUUCCGAGCUUUUGACAGAAAUGGGGACAAUACGAUUGAUUUCCUUGAGUUUGUGGCAGCACUGAAUCUUGUUUUCCGGGGAGACCUGGAGCAUAAACUGCGGUGGUCAUUCAAGGUGUAUGACAAAGACAGCAAUGGCUAUGUGGACAGGGAUGAACUACGGUCGAUAAUUGAUAGCAUCUAUCGGAUAAAAAAAGGCUCAAAGACAGAUGCACAUGAUGCACAGCUCACGGUCGAUGAAGCUGUGGAUCGACUAUUACAGGCCGUCGACAGUGAUGGAGAUGGUCAUAUUAACCUGGAGGAGUUCAUUAGGGGCGCACAGCAGGACCCCUGGGUGCUCAACAUGUUGAAGCUGGACAUGAACCCUGCUGGAUGGGUGCUGGAGCAGAGGAGAAGGAGCGCACACUUCUGA